GGAGCUGAACCGGACGAAAGAUGGGUGCAGUCGGCUGCACCUAAGGUUUUUCCAAUUGAACGAGAAAUCGUGCGACGUGGCCAAAUUUUGGUACUUGAAUCAUGAAUGGGGAGGCCAACAGCUACAUAAUCUUUCAACGGACCACCCUCGAUAGACUAUCGGAGCUCAGAUAUUUUCGCUUCACCGUUCAUUCCUUUUGCCGCCGGCCGAUAAGAUGGAUUACGUCCUCCCAAACAACCGUAUUCGUAAUCUGAAAGAUGGCUCUCAGCACCGUGACCUUCGGUCGAAGAUUUUCCAAUUUCUCACAGGCGUUGGCAAGUUCGCCCUGGACUCUACCAUCUUCAGCUCUCUCAAGGCCGUCUCCGGUAAGAAUCAGGUGCAUAAGAUUAGGCAGGGAGGGUUAAAGGAUACGCCCCAUUCAUCAUCUUUGAAUGAAAGGAAACCAGAAGAGGUUAAACUAGUGAUGGAUAAGAUGCAGGCAGAGAUGGAGGACAAAGAGGGAAACAAGAAUAAAAUGAAGCAACGCCAACACCAUUGUACAUCUGCAGAGAUUGUUGAUGAGGACUCUGAACCACUGAAGAAGAAGCCAGGGGAAAGUGACAAAGGAUCAGCCAACAUAAUUCAAAACAAGAAAAGGAUCUUCAUCCGUUCCCGACUAUAGACACAAUCCAGUUCAUUAUUAUUGUAUUGUAGCAUAAUAUAGCAAGAAUAAUGGAUUCCUUUCUUGACAAGGUAUGUAAGUUGUACUUUGUAGAUAGACUUUUAUUACAUUAUCAUAAGUUCUAAAGCAAAGCUAUGCAUCCUAUAUUUUCAUGGAUGGAAUUCCUUAGCUUAGCAAGUUGUAAACAAAUUCCUCUCUUGAUGGAAACAAAAUAGAAGUUGAUUAGUAGCA